AUGGCCUCCCACGUUGUUGUUCUAGACUCAUCCGCACGCCGGGCUGUCAUAAAAACAACGCCUGCCAAGCACCUCGCCGACGUCUUACAGGAAGCAUGCACAAAGCUCGGCUUAGACGCCUCCCGUCAUGGCCUUAAGAAUAAUAGUAAUAAGACCCUUGAUCUUUCACAGCCCAUCCGGCUCUCAGGUUUAUCCUCAGGUGCCAAGCUACAAGUAGUUGUUCUGUCGCGCUCGCCCUCAGUUGUCUCUGUGGCUCUACAGCUUCCGGACUCAGAAUCGGGCGCGUCAAACAGACUCACGGGAAAAUUCCCAAGCACAACCACAAUAUGGCUGCUACUAAGACACUUCGAGUCUGGAUCGACGGGCUCGGAGCCCAGCAGGAACUUCACUGGUCGCGGGAUACCACAAAUGGAGACUGGGGCGAGCGGUUCCGGAAGACUGUUCUAUGAGACUCCAGUAGUACAAGUCAUGGGAAGGGAGCUUGUUUCAUUCGCCGACCUGCAAAAGUCUCUUGCGCAGCUGGGGUUCAAUAGUGGGGGUGUUCUCUUGCGCCUCAGUUUCCGUAGAACCGAGCGUCCUCUCGAAGAAGCGAUUGUGGAGAUAGACCAAUAUUUCAAAUCUGCUGAGGGCGAACAGACCGGAGGUGUACACUCGGCCAGUGCAGCAAAAGCAGGGUCUGGUCCAUCCGUCUUGGAACCCUUCCCUGCCCCCAACGAUCGCGAAAGACCGUCGCCUCAAGAGCCUUCAUCGCCAUCUCAAAUACAACCGCCCUCCCAACAGUCAGCAGCUCUGUUCUCUUCCCAGUCGCCCAUAGGCGAUGAAGCUCAGGCCCGCCCUGAAUCUAGUGCGCUCCUCUCCGAUGCUUCGCCAACUUUAGACACGAUCGUAACCGGCCCACCCGAGCGCCCAAUAUCUGUGUUCGCUCCGUCGUCAGCCUCGACACCUGCAGCUUCACGCCAAGCGUUCAACGAGAAAGAUUAUGAGCCGACCAUCGCCCACGCCAAACUGCAUCAAGCCCGUCUUGCCACAUCAAGCGUCAACAGGCGCCUCCCCACUGAUGCUGAGCUCGCAGUCCAGGCCGAGACCCAAGCCAAGAAAACUGCGGAUGCAAAAGAUGUGGGAAUCAAGGUUCGUUUUCCAGAUCAAAUGCAGGUGAUCAGCACAUUCUCACACCUGGAUACAUCGACCACACUUUACGACUUUGUCAAAGGCCUCAUGGAGAAAGAGAACGAGCCGUUUUCCCUCAAUUUCAGCUCAGCGCAGGGACCGAGGAGUCUACCCAAAGACGGCAACGUGAGGCUGAUAGGUGAUCUGGGCAUGGCCGGACGCGUGCUUGUUAAUGUCCUAUGGGAAGUUGGAGCAAGCAGUGAAGUAAGGGCAGGCAGCGUGCUGAAACCCGAAUUCCAGAACAAAGCCAAGCAAAUCGAAGUCAAGGAAAUAGAAAGUGUCGAAACGGUCGAGAAAGCGAAUGAAACGGUCGAGGGAAAAGGAAAGCAGAAGGACGAAGGGCGGGAAAGGAAGGGAGGCGUGCCUAGAUGGCUUAAGUUGCCAGGAAAGAAGUGA